AAAAAUAGGAGAAGGAGAAGACGAGAGAUCGUCAAAGGACAAUCCCGGGUUCUCCAUAUGCGGAUGCCGGUUAGGACUUCAUCCUGGAGUGGUGGCUGGUUCGGACUGUCGCCUCGUACGCAAACCUGGUGGGGGACAACGCGAGAGAGUUUUAUGUGCCGAAAUGAAACUACUCGCGGAGAAAGUGAGAGCAGACGUAGCGGUGCCGGCGGACACCGACGACGGCGCGAGCAAGCAGGCCGUUCUUCGGGACUCCUCAAGAAGAGAGGAUAGACAUGCGGAGCUCCGCCACCGCGUGGUAGCCGAACACCGGGUCGUUCGGGUCCGCGAGAGGACCGCUUCGAUCGAAACUGGGAGGAAACUGGAAGAAGUCACAGACGAGAUCUCAACUCGAGAAGAAAUUGAGAAAUUUCGAAAUAGUCUAUUGGAAAUGAGUGACAGUGAAAAAAAGAGGUGUACACUCGUGUGACGACGAUACCUUGAAGAUUCAGAAGAGUGGAACCACUGGAACCUCGAAGCCGCGAUUGGUAGGUGCCGAAGUCGCGGUAUUUCUAAAGCAAUUUCAGCGACCUCGUUAGUCACUCAAGUGACAGUUGGACACUUUAUCGUGUGUAUCGCGAUAACUAGCGAUUACAUAUGUGACGUCGUCGUGUUUAGUUUUCUUGUCAUUCCGGAGGAUAUGUAAGUCGCGAGAGUGCUCCAAGAAUUUUUUGGUGACGUAAUCGGGGAGAAUCGGCGCGAUCGAUCAAAAAUGAUGAAACAUAUCUCGCAGUGAUACACCAGGUGAACAACCACUCUUCGCAACGGUACCCUUGAUUGUGUUAUGGUGCUGAGGACUACCUCGGUCAGACGAGGCAGACGAAGAGGUCGCAGAAGAGAGGGUGGCGGAAGUAACUUCAUCCUGGCGAAUUUCCCCCGAGAAAUCGUUCGCAUUGGUUCGAUUAGUCGAGGAGAAAUCCGGGAAGGUCACGUCUCGUGAAUCGAAAAACGAUGGGUGUAUCGAGGCCGUGUCAUUGGCUUUUCGCUGCGGUCAUCCUGAGUCUCUCCUCGAGCUUGAUGGUGAGCGAGACGCGGCAGCUCGCGAAUUUGGAUCCCUUGGCCAUCGACGUGCAAAGAGACGAGACGAAUCGCACCAAGGGAGUAACGGCGAUUCGCCGACGAAGAUAUGUACGAUUUCCUACGGGGUCCGCUGCUUAUCUCGCCGACUUCGGUGGCGGUCCACCCUCGCUCGGCAAAAACCUGGGGCCGAUCGCGCGUUACGCUCCCCCGUUACCUAGCACGUGGAGGCAGCAAAAGUCCCUUUGGAGGAGCCCCGUAAUCGCCGAUUACAACAGACCGGUGAUGUCCCAUCGGACGCCAAGAUUGAUAUUCCGCGACAACGACUUCCUACCGCCGAUUGGAGGCGGUGGAGCCUCCUUCUUCCAGCAAUCUAAUCAGUUGCCGGAAUUUGAGGAUGAUGUCAGAGAUCACCGAAAGCAAACGGCGGAAGAUUACCCCAGAUUGGAAACAGAGACGCGCCAACAAAAAAGACCGCUGUGGAAAGGCGACGAUACAUUGUGCGCGGACGGACGGAGCUGCGAAUUUUUUCUAAUGUGCUGGAUGUCUGCUGGCCUAUUGGACGGCAGCUGCGGCGGAAUUAUGUUCGCGUGUUGUCAGCGGAAAGAAAAUCCUAAAGCCCUCACUGAUAAUAACCUGAUCGAGUCACCUAGAGAUCAAUCCCGGCCACUUCCGCUGGAUUUGUACACGGAGACCGACAGCGACGAUCGUUGCGGAAUACCAGUCGUUUCGAAGCAAAUUGCGCAGAGAAGAAUCGUCGGUGGUGACGACGCCGGUUUCGGCAGUUUUCCGUGGCAGGCUUAUAUACGAAUUGGAUCCAGCAGAUGCGGCGGCACUCUGGUCAAUCGGUUUCACGUUGUCACAGCUGGGCACUGCGUUGCGAAAGCGUCGGCUCGGCAAGUUCAAGUAACUCUGGGUGAUUACGUGGUUAAUUCUGCGAGUGAGUCUCUUCCAGCUUAUACUUUUGGGGUUCGAGAGAUUAGAGUGCACCCUUACUUCAAGUUCACGCCGCAAGCGGAUAGAUUCGAUGUGGCGGUGCUUCGAUUGGACCGACCAGUUCAUUAUAUGCCCCAUAUAGCGCCUAUAUGUUUACCAGAGAAAAAUGAAGAUUUCUUGGGACAAUAUGGCUGGGCUGCUGGAUGGGGCGCGUUGCAAGCAGGUUCCAGAUUGCGACCCAAAACGCUGCAGGCGGUGGACGUGCCCGUGAUCGACAAUCGCCUCUGCGAGCGAUGGCAUCGAUCCAAUGGUAUCAACGUCGUUAUUUAUGACGAGAUGAUGUGCGCAGGUUAUCGCGGCGGCGGUAAGGACUCGUGUCAGGGCGACAGCGGUGGCCCAUUGAUGUUGGAGAAAACUGGCCGGUGGUAUCUCAUCGGCAUCGUCUCCGCCGGUUACUCCUGCGCACAGCCAGGUCAACCAGGGAUCUAUCAUCGCGUGACCAAGACUGUCGAUUGGAUCACGUACGUCAUAAACUCGUAACGCGCCCGAGGAGAAUUAUCCUCAGGAGGGUCCUGAGAAUAUAUCUUCGCUGAGCCGCGGACUUUGCAUGACACAAGGUUCGAGUGUUCUUCAUGUUCGAAGGAUGGAAUUUACGAUCGUGCUUUAAAAACCGUGAUGCGACGUAAAGAGAGAGACAUUUCACGGAAAGAUAAUUUAAACGAAUUUUUGAAAAAGAAUUAUAUGCCUAAUGAAAUUAUAGCCAUUUUACUUUACAAGGAUGUAAAAAUUAUUUAAAUAUGAAAUCUAAUUUCGCGCAGAGUUUAAGAAGCGAGUUGCGAAUUUUUAAUAUAGUUCCGAAAAGCGCGAAUAGAGUCGAUAUUCUCUAUCAAAGGUAAUUUUGCGCGAUAUUAUACAUAAGUAUCUCUAUUGACACAAGUGGGUGGCGUAAGUGUGUUGUAAUUUUAUCGAUGUGAAUGCAUUGUAAAUUAAGCGUGUAUGAUAUACGUGUAUGAAUUUGCGCUUAAUAAAUACUCUGUUUUCGACUUUCA